CGCUAACACAACCCGUAAACUUUGGCUCGACGAUCAUGUACAGGGGUCUUGGAGAUUUCGUCGCUAGUGGUUGUAGGCGGCCAUCACGUGGCUCCGCUUUGGGCGGAAACCCGCACGUGAUGCCUGACGUUGGGGGUGCGAGUGCCCAAGAUGUCGAAAGGCCUUAUAAACGAAGGGAAGACAAACUUCGGGACGAGAGACGGCCUACCAUAAACAGCAAUAUGCCUCGGACCGCUACCAAGAGGUUGGAGGAUAUCGCCAAAAUUUUGCCACCUCUCGUCAUCCUUACUCUUUCGAAGUCUCCAGAUCUUGUCGCUUCCCUACAUCGCAGCUGCCAUUAGCCAUAAAUGCCGGGGUGAAAAAUAGAGUAAGUUCCUCACCAAAUCAGGUAUCAACACCUCGUCCCCAUGUUCAUAAACCAUGUGCGGGUGUGACAGACCUCCAUUGGGGGCAGGAAAAGUGAUCGCUGAUGCGAUAUCGGUGGCGAAGAUCAAGGGAGAGGUAGCGCAAGGAGGUGAGGUGGGCGAUUUCCGCCAGAGGACGCGUUGUGGAAGGGGCCGGUAAUGACACCAUCAGGUGUUGUGGUGAACGAGCAGAUCAAACCAGGGGAUAUUUGGUUUACAGCACUGAAAAGUGAACACACUGUGGUUCGUUGGAUGUGCGUCAAUCCAAGACGCAUUGGUACCACUUUCAUGCCGGGCAGAGACUGUUGAAGAAGCAUUUGACGGGUUCAAGAGAUAGACGGCGAUGAAGGUGUCGUAUCCCCCUGCUAGAAUCGUGAAGGAGACCCUUCUGAUAGAGUACGUGGUGGCAAGUGCAAGAAACCCCUGUACUAGUAAUUCCGCCGUCUGUAGCUGCUGAGCACCUUGUGAGGGGUCUGAUCACUAUAGAGGGUACAAAUUGC